GCAAGGCCAACGGCUUGAUUUCGUCUCUUGCGGCAUACUGCAAGAGCAUCUAUCCUUUUUGUGGUGUAAUCGUGGAGCCUGUCUCUCGUCGUUCACGGAUCAUUCCCUGGUGGAAGAAAUCUUCCUCAGCGAGAUCCAGCGAGCCGCUACAAUUUCAAGAGGUUACACCGAGUAAUCCAACGGCAACUAAGCAACAAGGAAAAUCAACAUCCCCUCCAGUGAUCUGGCGACUAUUUAAGGUGGACAAUUCUUCGCCGGUCCUCACAAGACCUCCGAGCUUCCUCCUGGCCGGUAACGACCCGAGGGUUAGGAGACCGCUGUCUCCCAGUUAUCCGAUACCGCCGCCGCUCCUGUCUCCGCUACCGAAAUCUCCGAGUGACUUCUCUACGAAGGCAACGCAGACCCUGCCUGUUCCUAGAGUGCACCGGGGAACGCUGAGCCGACCUACGGUAGUUACCCAAGAAACACAGAGCGACUCCAUAAUACAGCAACGAACAUCUACACCACCAGGAUCACCAGCCAGCUACACACCACCAGGAUCACCAACAAGCUACACACCACCAGACUCGCCUCCUGGAUCCUACUCACUUGAUCUUUCACGCAGAAGACUCUGGGGACCUAAGAAAUAUACUCAGACAAGACCGACAAUCUCUUAUAGAGAACGAAUUAUAUAG